CUAAGAAAAAGAGGAAGAAGAAGACACUAAACCUCAGGUCUGGAAAGAGAGAGACAGAAGAACAAGAAAUACACUGUCAGAGCAAAGAAUAAAAGUACGACCCCUAAGAUCAUUCCACAGGGGCAAGAUGAACUUGCAACUGGUCAUUCCUGGAUUAGUCAUCCUGCCCAUUAAACUAGUAGGGACAGCUCUGUUUCUCAUCUAUUUUCCACAGAUCUUCCCCAUGCCGGGCUCUCAAGGGACCCUCAAUUCCACAACUGAGGAGAGCAUAACAGUUGUACAGACUACCCCAGGCCUGCCUAAGACACAACCUGAUUCCGGCACAAUCACAACUACAGCUCGUGACAGAACAGCUAAACCCUUACAGUGGGAGGGGCACCGAGGGAAUUACUACUUAUUUUCUAAAGCCAAAGGGGUCUGGAGUUCCAGCCGAACAGAGUGUGAUGAACAGAGCUCAGAUCUAGUUGUCAUCAGUGACAGAAAAGAGCUGGAGUUUCUUCGUAAUAAAACAAGGGAUGCUGAUUAUUUCAUUGGACUAACUUACUCAGAGAUGGAGAGGAGAUGGUAUUGGAUUGACAAGACAGAGCUUACGAGAGGCCUAUUUACUCUGAAACCAAAGACAUUGGAGUAUGAAAAUGACUGUGCAGUUAUCAGAGCUGGAGAAGUGAGUCCUGCAUCUUGUCACCAACUAAACCACUGGAUCUGUGAGAAGACAAUGAAAUAACUCUUGUUUUGUAGGAUGAGUCCCAGCACAGGUAGUCUGUGGCACUGGAAUCCAGCUGGAGCAUUUCCCCCUAAUCUCAGACACAAAUAUGCACAUGUAUUCUCAUUUUAUUA